GCGGCAGUUAUCAGCCGAAAGCACAUUUAUAACCACAAAGGAACACACAUACGCCCCAUUGGCAAAAGGCAGAAACGGUCGAAACGGCCGAAACGGCAGCGAAAACAGCUCAAAUCAAAUAAUGUGCGGCCAGGCCAAAACAGUUUGAGGCAAAACGCUCGCUCGCGAUGACACAAUAGAAAAAUAGUGGCGCUGGCGAAGGAAUUUUGCGCUAAUAUCAAGCAUACGCAACGUGGUGCGCGGUCGACCAGCUAUAAAUAAAGAAUCGUUCUUUUGUGCCAUUUUUUAAGUGCGCAAAACCAAAUAAUUUUGAAAAUCGUGCCAUAAGUGAAGUGAAGUUAAUACGCAAAAUGUUCAGUGAUGAGUAAUUAUAAAUAGAUGCCAUUAAGUAUUGUGGGAAAAUCAAAAACAAAGUUAUAAACAGCAAACAUCGAGGAAUACGUUUAAUCAAAGUUCUGUGGAAAGUUUGGUACAACCAGCAGCUGCACAACGGGUCAACGUUUGAGGGAAAUCGGCGUUAAGCGACGCAGCAAUAUGAUCUAUAUAGAUGAUUCAGAGCCGGAAGGUGUUCUGGAACCGGCGUUUCCUAUGCGCGAUGUGACCAUAAAUCGCAACGUGGAUGCCCAUAAACUUUACGAUGUGCUAGGCGAGGUGGGACGCGGAAAAUUCGGGACGGUGUACAAGUGCAGGGACAAGGCGAAUGGCCUUCAGCUGGCGGCCAAGUUUGUACCGAUUCCAAAACGCGAGGACAAGCGGAAUGUGGAGCGGGAGGUGGAGAUUAUGAAUUCAUUGCAGCAUCACCUCAUUAUACAAUUGUACGCGGCAUACGAAUAUCAGAAAAUGAUGUGCGUCGUCCUGGAACUCAUUGAAGGUGGCGAGCUUUUUGAUCGAGUGGUGGACGAUGAGUUCGUCCUCACCGAAAGAGUCUGCCGGGUCUUUAUUCGCCAAGUGUGUGAGGCCAUGGCCUUUAUCCAUGGCAAUGGCAUAGUCCACUUGGAUCUGAAGCCCGAAAACAUUCUGGUACUCACACAAAAGGGCAAUCGCAUUAAGAUAAUUGACUUUGGACUAGCACGUAAAUUUGAUCCAGAUAAGCGUCUUAGGGUUCUCUUCGGCACACCAGAGUUUGUGGCGCCAGAAGUGGUUAACUUCGACUGCAUAUCCUAUGGAACAGAUAUGUGGAGUGUCGGCGUUAUAUGCUAUGUGCUCAUCUCAGGACUGUCGCCUUUCAUGGGCGAGAACGACAUUGAAACAAUGUCAAAUGUAACCAUUGCGAAAUACGAUUUCGAGGAUGAAUGCUUUAAUGGCAUAUCCCCCGAGUGUCUGGAUUUCAUAGCCAAGUUGCUGGCCAAGGACCUGAGCACCCGGAUGACAGCCGCCGAGUGCAUGAAGCACAAAUGGCUCCAGCAGCGGCCGUCCACCGCCGCCGCAGCCACGCCCAUCACAAAGGCCGCCUCCAUGGCGUCCAAGUCGCGCCUGAAGUCCGUGUCUCCGGUGACGGCUCCCUCGGAGUCCUCCGAGGACUCCUCGGCAACCAUCGAGGACGAGGACGACGAGGAGGCGGAGUCGCAGGCGGGGCAAGCGAAGCAGGAGGAGCUCCAGCAGGACGAGGAGCUGGCCAAGCUCUGCAGCGCCGCCGAUCUGGAGAACAAGGAGCUGGAUGCCACGAAGGACAACCUGAAGAACUUCAUCGUGCGCUGGGAGACGCAUCCGAACAGUCCGUACGUGUUCGACGUGGAGGGCAAUGUGAUAGCGCCGCUGGGCGAGAGCUACCCGAAUCCCCGGAGGCCUCACGGCCAGGACAGCCUCUCCUCCUCUAGAGUUUGUUCGCCUUCGCCCUGCGAAUCGAUUGACACCAUGACGGAUGACGAACGAGGCGAGGAUGCAGAUCUGCCGGAGGAGGAGGAAACCCGUAGUGCGGGCUUCGAGAGUCCCCACUCGGUGGCCACGCCCAUCAACGAAUCCCGGGAGAAGCUGUUCCCAACGGUGGCCACCUCCAGUCCGGGCACUCCCACGCCGCAGCACCUGUUCAACGAGAACUUCGACGAGUUCUCCGGCAGCCAAUCCACCGCCCAGCAGCAGCGGAGUAUGAAGAGCUAUCUGCACACCUUCGACCGCAGGAACUCGGAUACCACCUACCUCCUGGGUCGUCGGAGUUCCGGGGAGCGUGUGAAUCUGGCGGAAGAGAUCCGGAAGCUGUCCGAUCACCUGCUGAUGCUGGCCGAGAUCAACACCAAGCUGGGGGAUGCCAACAAUAAUGGCAGUAGUAGUAGUGGAUCAGCUCCUAAUCCUCCUGCUCCUGCUGCGGCUGCUGCUCCUCCAGCUGCUGCUCCUCCAGCUGCUGCUGCUCCUGCAGCUACUGCUGCUCCUUCAGGCAGUACCUCUAGCAAAACCUCCGAGAUCAGCCAGGAUGGCAAUAGGUGGACCAGCAGAAGCACCUCCAGCAGCAGCUGGAAUCGUCCCACGGCGAAGGGAGGACUCCUCAGCCAGGCCAGCAGCACUUCCCAGAGCCAAAGCAGCUACGAUGAUGGCCAAAGCAAGGCCAAAAUCAGUUCGCUUUCCGUGAGACUUCAGCAGUCCAUCGAGGAAACACCAAAGUUAAGCAAUGGCAACAGCUCAUCCAGCAAAUCCCUGGUGCAGUCCCAGCGCUCGUCCACGGUGCAAACGAUGAGCAGUUCCAAUGCCAAGAGCAUCACCAGCCAGCAUGUACAAAGAACCAGCACCACCAGCUCCUCGAAGGUGUUCUCCAGCACCGCCAGCAGUACCGCCAGCACCAGCAACCAAAUCUUCUCCAGCGCCAGCAACCCAAUCUCCACUAGCUCCAGCCACGAAUCGGCCAGCAGUCGUCGGGCCAAGUUCCGGAUAAACCAAAUGAGUCGGGAUGUGCCCGUGGGACUGCCGGACACCCACCAAACCGUGAAUCUGGAGGAGGCGGCCAACACCACCAAGGACUGCUUGCUGCAUCUGCUGGAGAAGUACAACGAGACGCGCAUCCGCAAUCCCAUGGGUCGUCACCAGAGCAUCAGCGUCGACUGGCAUGUCAGCGAUAACCUGGAGUACCGCUCCAUGAGCUCCAUCAAUGCCUUCUUCCAGCGGCACAACCACAACGGCGGAGGCCACAACGUCCGGCACAUCCAGGCCCAGUUGGAGGAGAAGGCGGCGGGGAAGUAGGUGACCAGCUCCGGAGUCCACUGUAUAUAUCCGAUAUAUAUAUAUUUGUAUGUAGAGAUCAGAUCAACUAAAUGGAACCUAGGUAAAACCACAAAGCGUCGAAUGAAACAAAUUAAUAUUUAUGUACUUGAUGUAAGCAAUAAAUCAAAUUAAAUUAUUGAAUA